UCCACGUAAUAUGUAUCAGUGUCAGAUGGGUAAACAAACAAUGGGUUUCUCCUCACAAGCAUUAAACUGUCGUGCUGAUCAAAAGCUAUAUCACCUUCAGACUCCUCAAACUCCAAUUGUACGCACAAAAGCUUAUGAGAAGUACUGUGUUGAUGACUAUCCAUUGGGAACAAAUGCAAUUGUGGCCGUUUUGGCUUAUUCAGGAUAUGACAUGGAGGAUGCCAUGGUCUUAAAUAAAUCAUCUGUAGAUCGUGGUUUGUGUCAUGGGCAUAUAUACCAGACAGAAACAAUUGACUUGACUGAGCAAAGCGCCAAAUCUGAUCGUGCUCAGAGGGUGUUUAGAAGAAGCUAUUUGGAUAAGUCAUCUCAUCAGCUGAUUGAUUCUGAUGGUCUUCCAUAUGUGGGGCAGAGGAUUAAUCCACAUGAGCCAUAUUGUACCAUUUACAACGAAAUAACCAGUCAGACAACUAACAUGAAAUUGAAGGGUUCAGAGCCUGUUGUUGUUGAUUAUGUUGCUGUCGAUGUGAAAAAUAAAACGCAUCUGCAGAAGGCAAACAUACGUUUUAGGCGCUCCAGGAAUCCUGUAAUUGGUGAUAAAUUUAGCAGCCGACAUGGGCAAAAGGGUGUUUGCUCUCAAUUAUGGCCUGAUAUUGAUAUGCCAUUCUCAGGAGUUACAGGAAUGAGGCCAGAUCUUAUUAUUAAUCCUCAUGCAUUCCCUUCAAGGAUGACGAUUGCUAUGCUAUUGGAGUCAAUUGCUGCUAAGGGAGGUGCUUUACAUGGAAAGUUUGUCGAUGCAACGCCAUUUUCUAACACGAUGAAGGAUGCAGAAUCAGAAUCCAGUUCACUGGUGGAUGAACUUGGUUCCAUGUUAACAGCUUCUGGCUUCAAUUACCAUGGUGUAGAGGUACUAUAUAGUGGAGUAUAUGGGACAGAGCUGACUUGUGAAAUAUUUAUUGGGCCUGUUUAUUAUCAGCGGCUACGGCACAUGGUUUCUGAUAAAUUUCAGGUCCGUUCUACUGGAACAGUAGACCAGGUCACUCGGCAGCCCAUCAAGGGGAGAAAGCGUGGUGGAGGUAUCCGCUUUGGAGAAAUGGAACGAGACUCACUCCUUGCUCAUGGAGCAGCAUAUUUGCUGCAUGAUAGACUCCAUACCAGCUCAGACCAUCACAUUGCAGACGUGUGUUCUGAAUGUGGAAGUAUCCUAACAGCAUCACUAAUCCAGCCGCCAAAACAAAAAAUGCAAGAAGAAGUGCGGAAAAUUAGUGGUCUGCCACCUGCUAGAGAGCCCAAAAAGGUAACUUGUCUUGCUUGCCGGACAAGUAAAGGAAUGGAGACUGUUGCAAUGCCUUAUGUGUUCAAAUAUCUAGCGGCUGAACUGGCAGCCAUGAACAUCAAGAUGACCCUCAAACUAAGCAAUGGGGCUGGAGCUUGAUACGCGUUUCAGGCUGCUGAUAGAAGGAAGCAGGAGCUUGAUGCUCAUUUUACCUGUAAUUGUACUCUCAAUGCGCAAAUGUCCGAAAGAGGGUUGCAGCAUCAGAUGACUUGAUUGUGGCAAUGGUGAUAUAGUUUAGACAUAGAAAGGCCAGCUUCCUAGUAGGCCACCGAGAAAGAAAGAGUGCUGCAAAUAACACAUGCUUCUUGUCUUCUCUAUAGUGCUGGAGGGAGCAAAAUAUGGAGAAUCUCAUUAGUAAGAAUCCCGAGUUGUACAAGUUUUCGGUCUGGCUCAAGAGGUGCAAUGACCUUCCUGGCAUCAUGAAGAUGCCCUUGUGAAGUGUAGAGCAAAAUAUAGAGUUAUGUGCUUUAUACUUUGUUAGAUAUAGCUUUUUGUACAUUGUAGUGACUCUUAUGUAUAAGAAGAUACCAUUAUUUAGGCUCUGUUGGAGCCAAUAGUUUUUUAUAUGUUUUUAAUCUUAGUGUACUUUUAAUUGUCGAUUCUUUAUUUA